ACAUGGCCUUUGAGUACUUGUUUGAUGCGUGUGAGUGGUCCGGACUGGAGAUUGAUCGAGGAAUUCAAAAGGUGGGGUCGCGAUGUAACGAUGACAUUUGUUAAAUAAUUAACUUAAGAAUCAAUAAAUUCUCCAUCAAUCUCGCCCGCCUCCCGCAGAAGCGCGCCCGCGCACAAAACUCCUCGAGCCUCACCCAACACCGCUCAGUCUCGACCGAGAAGGCACCGCUAAAAUGGCCGUUUGCCGGGCGGGCGUUGUCACUCGGCUGUUGCGAUCGUGCCGGGGCCGAAUUCGAACGGCGUAGACCAGUACUUACACGACCACAUUAUAACAAAUGUCCACUACCGACUACAAAUUCGAGGGAUGGGUCGGACACGACAAAGACUCCGUCGGUAACCUCAAAUUCGGUACCUUCGAGCCCAAGACCUGGACCGAGGACGACGUCGACAUCAAAAUCGAGUUCUGCGGUAUCUGCUCCUCCGACCUCCACACCCUCCGCUCCGGCUGGGGUCCCACCGACUACCCUCAAGUCGUCGGCCACGAAAUCGCCGGAAAAGCCGUCCGUGUCGGCUCCAACGUCAAAGGCAUCAAACUCGGUGACCGUAUCGGCGUCGGCGCACAAUCCGGUUCGUGUCUCGCCUGCGAGGACUGCAAUAAGCAAAAAGAAUCAUACUGUGCCAAUCCUCCUGGUAUGAUCCCAACCUAUGGCGGGAAAUACGCGGAUGGAUCGAAGAGUACGGGGGGUUAUGCCAACUACGCUCGUGUUCCCUCGCAUUUCUGUAUUCCUAUUCCCGAGGGGAUCCCCUCUGAAAUCGCGGCACCCAUGAUGUGCGGCGGCGUCACCGUCUACUCCCCCCUCAAGCAAAACAACGUCGGUCCCGGUAUGAACGUCGGAAUCGUCGGUAUCGGCGGUCUCGGACACUUUGGACUCCUCUUUGCCAAGGCACUCGGGGCGCGCGUUACUGCUAUCUCGCGCUCUCGUUCCAAAGAAGCCGAUGCACGCGAACUCGGCGCUGACGAUUUCAUCGCUACAUCCGAAGAAGGCUGGGUCCAGAAGUAUGCGCGUCACUUCGACCUCAUUGUUUGUACCGCAAACAACGCCGACAUGCCCCUCGCCGAAUACUGUACCACCCUCAAAGUCGGACACGGCAAGUUCGUCAUGGUCGGUGCGCCCGAGGAAGCGAUCACGUUCAGCGUCUUCCCGUUGUUGAUGGCGAAUGUCUCGAUUGGUGGAUCGUUGAUUGGAUCUCCGUCGGAGAUUAGGGAGAUGUUGGAGUUGGCUGUUAAGGCGAAUGUUAGGUCUUGGAUUGAGGUUAGGGAUUUGAAGGAUGUUAACCAGGCGUUGAUUGAUAUGGAGGAUGGCAAGCCCCGCUUCCGUUAUGUUCUCAAGUGCGACUAGACAAGGAUAUAUGAUGCUAGAUAUAUAUGGGUGGAUUGAUGGAUCAUGGCUGGUACGAUAGAAUCUACACACUCUACUUUACAAUCCUCUCGUUGAACGAUGAAACUG